UGGACACGACUAAACAACAUAUGAAUGAAAUAAGCAGCCAACUUAAUGACCAGCCUUCUCCUGAUUUCCAGGUCCUGGAAGGAACUCCAAAAACCAAGCCAGGUUCUCCCUCCCCCAGGCAAUGUCUCCACGCGGCUGCCAAGCUCUGAGACUAAACUUGGCUUCUUGGGAAUGCCAGAGAAGUCUGUGGAACUCAUCUAUUCUGAGAACAAACUAGGGUCUCUUUUUAGCUUGGUGGGAGGACCUUGGGCUUCUAGAAGCAAAGGAAGGGAUCUCAGCAGUCGCUUUCUGAAUAGUGUAGUGUUAAGAGGGGGACUCUUCUACAGACGCUGAACCCUGUCUUCUGUGUUCCCACCUAGAGCAUCACCCCAAAGAUGUGUGCGGCUCUUGGGAUGCUGGGAACACGGAAAAUGUUGUCCGUCUUCAUCAUCCUUGCCGCUGUCUGUCUUCAGGGCACCUUGGUCCAGCAGCCUGGGACAGCGGAGCGAAGGAAGCUAUUCUUCGAAAGGUUUAGACGGCUGGAAGAGCAGUUCCGGCGGUUCCAGGAGGUCACCCUGACGCGCCUUCAGGAGAUCGCUGGGAAUUACAAUGUCUCCUACAACAUCGACGCCAAGUUUGAGCAGCUGCUGAGCAAGCACCAGGGCCUGGAGUCCGCUGCCAACGAGAGCCACGCAGCUACGCAAGAGGAGCUGAGCCACUUGAAAGCUCUGGUGAAGAAGCUGCAGAACAAGGGCAAGAAGCAAGACUCGAAGUUGGGGGCCCUGGAAGAACUUGCGCGAGAGGACCGCGAGAAGGAGGCAGAGGUGCAGCAGGAGCGAGCGCUCCUGGCCAACUUAACCCAAGAAGUCGAGAGCCAUCGAGAGGACACCCAGGCCGUGCACGCUGGCCACAGGGUCCUCCAGAAAGCCCUGGAGAGUCUUCAGGAUGCCCUCAAGCCAGGGAGCAAGCUAGAUGAGCUGGAGCAGCAGCUGAAGAACCCCGCGCACAAUGAGGUCCUUCUGCCGAACCCCCUAACUGCGGCUCAGCUGCUAAACCGGGUCCCCAAGCAGGAACCAGAGGCGGCCGGCGGGCAGAACCCAACCGUGAAAAAGCUCCAUGGGAAGCAUCGCCAGAGGAAGAAACUGCUCCAGGAGAGCACGCGGCUUGCAGCCCAGUCCAGAGGGCUGCAGAGCGGACCCCCUCCGGGUCAGGAAGCUCCCCAGCGGCAGGAGGCAGAAGCGGAACAGCCUCAUCCGCCGGAGCCACAAGCGCUCAGGCAACAGCAAGCGGUCGUAGACAAGGCCCCUGAAGAGCAGUCGCAGUCAGAGGCGCCUCGGAAACCAGGGACAAUCUGCAACGUGGAUUCCAUGCUGUUUUUCCCUAACGCUUCCACAGAGAACUUUGCCACGUUCACACCAGGUUUCCAGGCUGGCCUGCUUGAACUGAGCCUCUGCAGCUGGGUGAGCACCAGUGCCAACUACCUGGGCACCAUCCUGUCCUAUGCCACUGAGGAUAAUGACAAUAAGCUGGUACUCCACGGCCGCGAUGCUGCACCCCGGAACUCCAUCCACUUUGUCAUUGGCGACCCUGCUUUUCGGGAGCUGCCGGUGGGACGGAUCUUGGAUGGCAAGUGGCACCACAUCUGUGUCAUCUGGUCCUCCAUCCAGGGGCGAUACUGGUUCUAUGUGGACAGGAGGUUGGCUUCCAUGGGCUCCAAGUUCCAGAAGGGCUACGAGAUUCCCCCCAAAGGGUCUCUUGUACUGGGUCAGGAACAAGACACAAUGGGUGGUGGGUUUGAACCCUCGGAGUCUUUUGUGGGCUACCUGGCCGGCCUUGCCAUAUGGGAUCGUGCGCUCUCACCUGGAGAGGUCUCGGGCAUCGCCAUCGGGAGAGGCCUGCCCCGUGGCACAAUCUUCACCCUGGCAAACAUCUCUGCCCUCCACGGAGCGCUGCAGAAGGUGAACUGCACUUGCCUCGAACACUGCCUGUAAUUCUCCCCAUUUCAUACCCACACAGGGCAACCUGCAACCCAGGCAGCUAGGAUGAGCUUGGGAGCAGGGUGGGGUUGGGGCGCCGCUUCUCCUGAAGUAUAAUGUGGCAAAGGUAUUGUUGAAGGACGCUGUGGCCACCUCGGAGGCAGAUAGCUCCCGCCUCCGCCAGCAGCAGGUUCAGAAGCCAGCAAGAAACAGAUAAAUGAGCUCUCAGCAAACAGCACAAUGGAUGGGAGCUCAACUCAGCACUGUCUAUUCAGAACGCAGUUUACACCACAAAGUGUUGGUGAUCGUUCCCUUCCCUGCCGUUUAGCUCUCCGGUACCUGCCCUUGCAAUUUCCUUCCUCCAGCCCCUUUGAUAGUCUCUGGUUACUUCCAGCUGACCUGGUUUGAAAGCAAACACCUGGUGCAUUUAGUUUGACAAAGCAUUGUCUGUCCGGAUAGCAAACUCAAUCUGGCAGCAGGUUAGACAACGUCAGCUAGUUUUUCAGCAUCCUUUCUAUCUGUUUUAUCACGUUGCGUCAUGUACUCAAUAUACCACGGUUUUCCAGUGCAUUUGACUAUCCUUGCUACUAAAAAGUCUGAUUUAUUUUUUAAAGUGGGUUUGUUAAGAGCACCAGAUCCACUUUAAUUGCUGGUAUCCCACCCAAAAAUAGCAGCAGUCCAGAUUCUGGAAGUGCCUCCAGCCCUCUGGGCCUCACCUCUGAAGACAGACUUGCCAUUUCUCCCCCUCAGCCUUCUGCCGCUUCAGUCCCAUUCUGGAUUGAUUGUAAAAAUGGGCAAGCAAGUUUCGAGAACCAAACUGACGUGUUGAGAGUGAAAGCUGGGUAGAUCCUGUCCAGUUUUUGGCUAUGUACUGCCAAUGCAUUUUUUGUCCAGUUGCUGAAGUUGCUGGAUGGGGCUUCUGCAGGAGGAC